AUGGGUGAAAUCAACGAGGAGCCAAAAUCAGUGAAGAGAUGCCACAUUGUGGCGGUACCAUUUCCAGGAAGAGGACUCAUCAACCCAAUGUUGAAUUUCUGUAAGCAUUUAGCUCAUAAAUUAGGCGAUAACGUUAGAAUCACCUAUGUAAUCACAGAAGAGUGGCUUGGCAUACUUGAAUCAACUAUAAUGCCGCCUCAAAUUCAUCUCCGAUCAAUGCCCAACGUGAUUCCUUCAGAAUUUACCAGGUCAUUGACAUUAGACUUUGCGAGCUUCCUAGAAAUCGUAGUUGCAAAGUCAGAAGCUCCUUUCGAGCAUGUUCUGAAUACAUCUGGACCGGCAAAUGUUAUUUUAGCAGAUUUCUACUUAACAUGGGCAUAUUCGAUAGGUAGUCAAAGAAAUAUUCCGGUGGUUAUAUUCUGGACAACGUCAUCUUUUGUGUUCUUUGUUCUGUGUCAUGCUGACCUUCUAACUAAGAAUGGGCAUAACCUUGCUAACAUAUCAGCGGAUAUGCCACUGAUUCCUCGUGGAAAUGAUCCAAAAUUCAACCCAGAAAUGGUAGCCUUCACCAUGUUAGAUUGGCCCUUCAUACCCAACACAACCACUAUCAUUGAGCAUCAUCAUCACAUCCAUGAUAAGGAAACAGAAUCAAGUACAACUUUGCAUGUAAACAACAAGGAACCUAAUUACAUAGAAUGGUUAGACGUCCAACCUAUGAGCUCCGUCAUGUAUAUAGCAUUUGGCAGUACUGUUUCAAUUCCAUGGGAUCAAAUGAAGGAGAUCUUGGCUGGGUUACAUAAAAGCGGGGUUCGAUAUUUGUUAGUUUUACCUGGUGGGAGUCUUAAUUCAGAUAUACAUGGUGAAGGUGAUGGCGACAAUGAUGAAGGGGUACGUACUAGUGAUCAGAGAUUAAUAGUGCCUUGGUGUGAUCAAUUAAGGGUGCUUUUCCAUUCUUCAGUUGGAGGAUUUUGGACUCACUGUGGAUGGAAUUCUACAAUGGAAUCAAUAUACGCAGGCGUGCCAAUGCUUACAUUUCCAAAAUCUUUUGAUCAAAUUCCAAACCGAAAACUGAUUGUAGAUGAUUUAAAAGUUGGAAUGAAAGUAAUGAAGGAUUUUGGAGAAAAAACAUUGGUAAGAAGGGAUGAAAUUGGAAAGAUUGUGAAGAGGUUUAUGAACAUAAAUGAAGAAGCAGAAGAAUAUUUUAAUAAUGAAGCAACGGAAAUGAGAAGAAGAUCAAGUGAACUCAAGGAAAUCUGUAGAACGGCAUUGGCAAAAGGUGGUUCAUCUGACACUAACCUCACUGCUUUUAUCAAAGACAUCCUCGAUAUCCAUGUUAAUUAA